UGGGAUGCUAUCACGGAGAUGGACGAACACAACCGGCCCAUCCAUACUUUCCAGGUGUGCAAUGUGAUGGAGCCUAACCAGAACAACUGGCUCCGCUCCAACUGGAUCUCUCGACAGGCUGCCCAAAAGAUCUAUGUGGAGCUUCGCUUCACCCUGCGUGACUGCAACUCCAUCCCUUGGGUGUCUGGCACCUGCAAGGAGACCUUCAACCUCUUCUACCAUGAGACUGAUGAGGCUCACGGUGUCAAAUUCAAGCCCACACAGUACACAAAGAUUGACACCAUCGCUGCUGAUGAGAGCUUCACUCAGAUGGAUCUCGGAGAUCGCAUACUCAAGCUCAACACGGAGGUGCGCGAGGUGGGACCCAUGACCAGGAAGGGCUUUUAUCUGGCUUUCCAGGACAUCGGUGCCUGCAUUGCCUUGGUUUCAGUGAGGGUUUACUAUAAGAAAUGUCCAUUCACUCUGCGGAACCUGGCCUCAUUUCCGGACACAGUGCCUCGUGUGGACUCUUCCUCAUUGGUGGAGGUGAGGGGGGCGUGUAUUGACCAUGCAGAAGAAAGAGACACACCCAAACUGUUCUGUGGAGCUGAUGGAGACUGGUUGGUUCCCUUGGGAAAAUGUGUCUGUAGCGUUGGGUAUGAGGAGAUCGAUGGCUCGUGUCUUGCAUGCCACCCAGGCUUCUACAAGGCAUAUGCUGGAAACAUCAAGUGUUCAAAGUGCCCUCCUCAUAGUUUCAGCUAUGGCGAAGGGGCUGCUAUCUGCCGCUGUGAGAAGGGUUUCUUCAGGGCUGAGAAAGAUCCUCCAACUAUGGCUUGUACACGCCCUCCAUCUCCUCCCCGCAACUUGUUGUUUAACAUCAAUGACACCUGUCUGAUGCUGGAGUGGUCACCUCCCAGUGACACCGGGGGCCGCCGGGAUCUCACCUACAAUGUCCAGUGCAAGCGCUGUGCUCCUGAGUCCGACCAGUGCCAGCUCUGUGAGGAGGAUCUUCGUUUUCUGCCCCGACCAUUAGGCCUGACCAACGCCACUGUAACUGUCAUGGACUUCUCAGCACACGCCAACUACACCUUUGAGAUUGAGUCCCUCAAUGGUGUGUCAGACAUGAGCUCCUUCCCUCGCCAGGUAGCCAUCAUCACCGUCAGCACUGAUCAGGGUGGUCCGUCUUUGGUUGGGUCUUUGAAGAAGGACUGGGCCUCUCCAAACAGCAUUGCUCUCUCCUGGCAACAACCCGAACACACAACAUUGCCCAUACUCGACUAUGAGAUCAAAUAUUAUGAGAAGGAACAUGAGCAGUUGAGCUACUCGUCGACGCGCACCAAGGCUCCCAGUGUGAUCAUCUCAGGUUUAAAACCAGCAACCUGGUACGUCUUCAGUGUGCGCACCCGCACGCCAGCUGGAUACGGCUCCUACUCCCCUAAAUAUGAAUAUGAAACUACAGGAGACUCAUCAGACAUUGCUUCCGAUCAAGGCCAGGUGUUGGUCAUCGUCACAGCAGCGGUUGGUGGCUUCACCCUCCUCGUCAUCCUCACCCUCUUCCUCCUAAUCACUGGAAGGUGUCAGUGGUAUUUUAAGGCCAAGAUGACUUCAGAGGAGAAAAGAAGGACGAGUUAUCAGAAUGGACAUGUCCCUUUCCCAGGAAUAAAGACAUAUGUGGACCCCGAUACAUAUGAAGACCCCUCACAGGCCGUCCACGAGUUCACCAAGGAGAUCGACCCGUCCAGGAUCCGCAUCGAGAGAGUGAUCGGAGCCGGUGAGUUUGGCGAGGUGUGCAGCGGUCGCCUGAGAACGCCGGGUAAGAAGGAGAUCGCUGUGGCGAUAAAGACACUGAAAGGUGGCUAUGUAGAGCGUCAGAGGCGGGACUUCUUGCGCGAGGCGUCAAUCAUGGGCCAGUUUGACCACCCCAACAUCAUCAGGCUGGAGGGCGUGGUCACCAAAAGCAGGCCUGUGAUGAUUGUGGUGGAGUACAUGGAAAAUGGAUCGCUGGACUCCUUUCUGAGGCAACAUGAUGGUCACUUCACUGUCAUCCAGCUGGUUGGCAUGCUGCGUGGCAUCGCCUCGGGCAUGAAGUAUCUGUCCGACAUGGGCUAUGUUCACCGAGACCUGGCAGCUCGGAACAUCCUGGUCAACAGCAACCUGGUGUGUAAAGUGUCAGACUUUGGCCUGUCCCGAGUCCUAGAGGAUGACCCGGAGGCGGCUUACACAACAACGGUACUACUUUGCGUGUGUGUGUGUGAACAGGGUGGCAAGAUCCCCAUCCGAUGGACGGCUCUUGAGGCCAUCUCAUACAGGAAAUUCUCAUCGGCCAGUGAUGCAUGGAGUUAUGGCAUUGUCAUGUGGGAAGUGAUGUCAUAUGGGGAGCGACCAUACUGGGAGAUGUCCAAUCAGGAUGUGAUUCUGUCUAUUGAAGAGGGCUACCGGCUGCCUGCACCAAUGGGCUGCCCCGUUGCCCUGCACCAACUUAUGCUGCACUGCUGGCAGAAAGAGAGGAACCAUCGGCCCAAAUUCACAGAUGUUGUUACCUUCUUGGAUAAACUGAUCCGUAACCCCAGCAGCCUGCUGCCAUUGGUCGAGGACAUUCAGAGUCUACCAGAGUCUCCAGGGGAGGAAAUGGACUACCCGAUGUUCAUCUCCAUUGGCGACUGGCUGGACUCCAUUAAAAUGAGUCAGUACAAGAGCAAUUUCAUGGCAGCAGGCUACAACACAUUGGAUUCUGUGGCGAGGAUGAGUAUCGAAGAUGUGAGGCGUAUAGGGGUGGAGCUGAUCGGUCACCAGCGGCGGAUCAGCAGCAGCGUACAGACCCUCCGCCUCCAGCUACUGCACGAACAGGAGAAGGGUUUCCAUGUAUGAGGACACCCUUUAAGACAACCUGGGAUGGACAGAUAGAUGAACCAGAUGGAAGUGAAGUCUAGACCGUUGGACCGACUGUCUACAGCCUGUGCCUGAGUCAUAACCCCUCGUACAGCAGGUCAUUGGACAGACACAGCAGGGCAGUCUGCUGGUCUCCCUCACAUCCAGUAGUAACAGACUUUUUCCUACUAUACACCCCUUACCCAGUAUACCUGGUUCUGCCAGACUAUUACAGCCUGAUAGACUUUAAAGACUGGGCCAGGCCCUCACUUAGGGGAAUGUAAUGCCUUGUUGCAACAGCAGUACUUUGUGUGUGAAGCAACAAUACCUAGAAAUGUAGAUUUGCAAACGUAAUCUACUGAAUCUUUUGACUGUUUUGGUUGUUUGUUUUUUCCUUUUCUCGCUCCGAGUUAUGUGCUCAUGUAGCUGCUAUCGGAUGUGCAAUCGAAAAAGUUAUGUCCUGUUUUGAAAAAAGUAUCCUCGAUAUAUUUUUUAAUUUAGAGUUUGAUCAUUUCUCACAGAGGAAAAUUAUUUGCAUUGCUUUAGUUUACCCUCUCUCCAGAGAAUCUGGUACGCUAAUACUUGAAGAAAGAAGUGAGAAGCGAGCUGUGGAGAUUUCUUGAAUGUUUUAAAAGUGUAUAGACAGUUAAUCGAUAAUUAUUAUCAUAACCGAAUAUCUAUAUAUGUGCAGUCCUGUGUGUAAAAGCCCUAGUAAAUCUGGAUCUUCUUUAAAAUGUUUUAUUUAUUUGAGAGUUUUAUCCAAAUCAGCAAUACAGUAUUAUGCAGUCAUCUCAGUAUCUCAGAGAGAGAUGAAGAAUUGUGCAAUGAGAGAACUCUUGUUGAGGCUCACACCAUCCACCUGUUUUUAUUGUCACAUGCCAAGCUUGCAGAACUGGAAUCUGUUGCCUUCAGAUGAAUAACCAUACAAGUCUAUACUGACAGUUUUUAGCAACCAGUGUACUCACAGUCGUUUGAUAAGCCUGACAUGUAUUUAUUUUUUUCUGGAUUGUGAAUGUUAUACAUUGCCUGAAAGUACACAAGCUCCACUGUCUUAACAUAUGAAUGUUCACAGAAGUUAGAUAUAGA